AUGAAAAAAGGAAAAAAAUAAAUAGACUCACUUAAAAAGUAAGAAGAAUAAAUUGAAAAUUUUUGGAAAGCAUAAAAACUUGAUCUUAACUUUUUAGAAGGAUUGAAUCUUAUGAAUUAAUAUUAUCCACAAAAUAAACAAAUAUUUGUGAAUGAAUUAAUCAAUAUUUAAAAAAGAACAUAAAAAAUCAGAUGUGUUAAAAAAAGAAAUAAUAAUGCUCCAUUAAUUGAUUGUAGAACAAAAGAAGAACCUAAAAAAAUUAUUGAACCUAUUAAUAAUCAAUAAAUAGAAAUUGAGAAAAUAUCAAAUAUAAAUGAGCCAAUUGCUAUAGAAGUUAGUAAUAACAAUGCAGUUAUUGUGAUUAGUUCUGAUGAAUCUGUAAUAUGCUUAAAUGAUAUUGAAGAUCAACUUUUAGAUGAUUAUUUAUCAUGUCAUGAUGAUUAAUAAUCUAAAACAUAAGCUUAACCAUAAAUAUUUUAAAGAGCCAGACAACCUCCCUAAAUACCUAAAUAUUUAUAAUAUGAACCUGAGAAAUCUAGUUCUUCUUCAAUUAAUCUUAGUCAACCAUUAUCAGCUAGUUUAGUUUUUAAAUUCAUGAAUGAUGAAUAUGAUUUUCAAAGAAAUUUUGAUGAAUGGAGUUUAAGUAGUUUAGAAUCUAAAACUCCACCAAUUAAAAAUAAUCAACAUUACAAUACAUUUUUAGAAUUAUAAAAAUAAUUUUCAACAAUUACUGAUUAUUAAUAUGAGGCUUUAUUAUUAGCAUAUAAUAAUGAUUAUAAACUUGUGAUGCGUAUAUUGGAAGUUGAUUAAAAGUAAAUACAAAGAUUAUUAGAUAAAAAUAAAAAUAGAAAAAAAGUGAAAAAAUGA